UUAACGUUUUGGUGAAAUCGAAGAAACGAAGAUGGAUAGUCUAAAGCCACCAAGUUCGAUAAACAACAACAACAAUAACAGCAAUAAUAAUAACAAUAAUAAUAACAACAACAACGAAGGAAGACGAAGACUUUAUUCUAUGUCUUGCUUGAACGAUCGUCCCAACGGUGGAGAUCCAUUAUCCGUGAGAUUGGCUUCAACUUAUAGGUCAGCAAGAUAUGGACACGUUAACGAUUAUUGUCCUGAACAGAUAGUUGUAGUCGAAAAGGACUUAACAGCUAAUUCAACGAAUAAACACGAAGAGAUCGACGCGGGCGAUCCACCACCAGUCGAUGAAUCUCUUUUCUUCGAUAAUUUUGAAGCACUGAGAAAUGCGUUACGAGUAGACGGUAGCAAUAUAAGGUCAGUCUUCUGGUCUAUGCUCAAUGUUACCGAGAUCAAAUUAUUAUUGGAAAUGGAAAAGAAUUGUAUCGUGCCAUCGGAAAUCUCAUUGAAUGAACAUUUGAAGAAUCUUUCUUAUAUUUGGGCAUGUCAUCGUGGCCUAUCUCAUCUUUUACCUAAACUCGAAGAAUUGGGAGCCGAUAUUAAUUAUAUCGAACCGUGCACUGGUAUGAAUGCUAUUCUAACAGCAUCCUUGAGUGGAAAUGUGUCAUGUUUGGAACAUCUUAUAAGAAAAGGUGUCGAUGUUAAUUGUGAAAAUCCAACGAAUCAUUACACGUCCCUUCACUUUGCGGCUUCAGGAAAAUCGAGAGAAACGACCGUUCUACUUUUGGACAGCGGCGCCAAGUUGAAUACUUGUGCUUAUGAGGAAAUAGUCGAACCGGUACUUCACUGUGCCAUUCGAGCAAAUGCGUUAGAUGUGGUGAAGGUACUCUUGGAACGGGGCGCUAGCGUUGUCGAAAAGAAUCAUCUUGGAGAGACACCCCUUCAUGUUGCUUGUUUCGUCCAAUCAAUACCCUGUGUCGAAUUAUUGCUAACUGUACCAGGUAGUAACAUUAAUGCUGUAGAUCGUACGCAUAGGACCCCAUUACAUUUUGCCGUUAUGAGUACAGAUUCUUCGGCAGUGUUGGUUGAACUUUUAUUAAAGCAUGGUGCCUUAGUCAAUGCGGCAGAUCGAACGGGCUUCACACCUCUUCAUAUAGCUGCUUUGAACGAACAGUCCCAUUGCGUGGAUACUUUGAUUUGGGCCGGAGCUGACGUCAGUGCUACAACAAGUGCAGGCUUAUCAGCUUUAAACAUCAUAUUAAGAAAAAUACCAGAAUCUUUGGAAGUCUUUCGGGAAAGACUCGAUGCCUCUAUCAGGCUUAGACGGCCUGUACCACAUAACAGAGAAUUCGAAAUGAGAUUACACUUUGACCUACUAUUUCCUAGCAACAAUCAAUGCGAAACCAGUUUCAUCAAUACUUUCGUACAAGAACGUCGAAAAGAUCUGCUAUCUCAUCCAUUGGUCAUGGCUUUUCUUCAUCUCAAAUGGGAGAAGAUAAGAAAGUUUUAUUUGAUGAGAAUCUUCCUUUAUGCUAUGACGGUGAUCUGUAUGACUACUUAUGUUCUAACGGCACUUGCAUACAAAUGUUACAAUCACGAUGAUUUUCCAAGCUCAAAAAUUUGCAACAGCAAAAGAAUUUCAGGCUUUCUAUUCAGAAGGCCAGUUAUCGAAAUUGAAUGGUAUCUCUGUCUCGUAUUAACCUGCGUCACAAUACCCAGAAAGAUAUUUGGUUUUAUGGUUUACAAAUCGGUGAAACAAUAUUUCUCGAACAUAGAUAAUGUCCUCGAUGGUAUAGUUAUAGUAAGCGUUUUCGUAACGUCAUUUGUUUACACAGGAAAGACAUACGAUUGGCAAAAUUAUGUCGGUGCAUUCGCCAUACUUUGCGCCUGGACAAAUCUUAUGCUGAUGGUUGGACAAUUGCCUGCUUUUGGAACUUACGUUGCCAUGUUCACACAUAUACAAUUUGAAUUUGCUAAACUUUUAUUGGCUUAUUCUGGAUUAUUGAUAGGAUUCACCAUUAGCUUUUGCGUUAUUUUCGUUGGUGAACCAGCCUUUGGUAAUCCUUUUACCGGACUUAUCAAGGUGUUAGCAAUGAUGGCUGGCGAAUUGGACUUUGAGGGUCUUAUUAAUCAAGCGGAUCAAGUUGCCGACGGUCCUUUCGUGAUUUAUCAUCCAUUAUCUGUCUGUUCACAAAUUCUCUUCACUCUCUUCAUCGUUUUUGUAACGGUGAUAUUAAUGAACUUAUUAGUUGGCAUCGCCGUACAUGAUAUUAAUGGUUUAAGAAAUCAUGCAGGACUUACCAAGCUGGUACGUCAAACUAAAUUAAUUCUUUUCACUGAAAUGGUACUGCAUAAUGCUUCCAUACCAUAUACCUUUCGAAAAUGGAUGACUGAUCAUAAAAUAGACGUUGAAAAUCGUAAACACGUCCUCGUUGUUAAACCAUUAAAUCCUUUGGAGAAACGAUUGCCUAAGGAUAUUUUAAAAGCUGCUUAUGAGAUUGCACAAAAGAACAUGCCAUAUAUCAAUGAUGACAAUAUUAGUCUUAGCGACCAUGUAACUUGGAUGAAGCAACAAAGUGAAGAAUCAUCCGAGUCUGGCUUGAGAUUGGCCGUCGAAGAAUUAUCAGCAAGAUUGAAUGCAAAUGAAGAAACAAUAAAGUCUCUUAAAACACAAUUGUUACAUAUGAAUGACAUAUUGGAGGAUAUUGUUAAUCGUUUGGCGAAGGACAAGAGUAUAUGAGUUGGGCAAAGUGAAAAUCUUCGUAUAAUCUGUAAUGAUGACGUUUCUUGCGAACAAGUAUUAUAACGGUUAGGUAUAAAUAUAAUAUUUCCAUUAAUUUUUACGAAUAUGGUUGAGAAAGUUGACAUCGAAGCCACUGUUGAAAAUGGAGGACCUACUGGACAAUCAGGCGCGAUAAGGUGGGGCAUUGCAUGGGGUCUCCGAAGUUUCGUUACUCCUGAGGU